GAGACGGUCCGUCCUCUCGCGCGGAGAGGCCAGAAACCAGCGGUGGUGACACGCGGUUAGCGGGCUCCUCCGUUCCCGUGAGAAAAAAAAUCCUUGAAAAUGUUCCGGCUUUACGUAAUCCGCGGGCUCUUGAGUCGGUGUCGGGUGCGGUAGAGUCGCCGGUCGGCGUAGGGAUCGAUGGACGACGGCAAGGUCCAGAGCAGUGCCGCGUGAGAGUUCCUUCCCGUCCGUAGCACACAUCAGCACACAUCGUGCCGUGUGCCGAGGGCGAGAGGUGGUGCCGUCUGCUAGCCGGAACCGCGAGCGUGCCGACCGGAGGCCGCACGCGGCGCUCGUUAGCCAAUCAGAAGCGGCCGAUCCUGCCGCGAGCGGUCGCCCCGGGAGUCGGUCCACCUCGGAGUCGCCGUCGCGGAUUUUCGCCGAGUCAGUGCGCCCGUGCCAACGGCCGCGUGUGCCGGGUGUAAAAAGGAAAGCUCGCGAGUUUCGCGCCGAAAGAUUCGCGAGGAAAUAUUAGGAAUAGAAAGAGGUGAGGGAAGAAAAGGGGGAAAAAAGAACCGCGACCCGCAGCGGGAGGCGAGCUCUCCCAUCUCCCAUAUUAAGCAGUCGGCGGCGGGAGAUCGCGGGAGAAAGAGGAGGACACGGCGGACCGGGAACGUCUCCUCGAUCUCUCGAAACCGCGUCAAGUCGAUGGUGUGGUCGAACUUUCGCGGCGAGCCGGAGAUUCGAGAGCAAGUGGCGACGGCCAUGCGCUCGGCCCCGACCGCGUGCAGGGCUCGGUAAAGUGCUCGAUCUAGCCUGGCUCGGGUGGACUCGGUCGAAUCGGGCCCGUGGGAGUCGAUUAGGAUUGAUGUGUCCGCAUUCGGGCCCGGCGAGUGGGUCGUAACGUCGGGAGGAGAGAGAAUAUCCGGUGGCGGCCAUGCGCUCGAGCCGCGGCGUGCUCGGCAUGUUCACCUCGGCGGACCGGAUGGCACAUUAACGCUCGACUGUCUCGACCCCGGGGAGUGUCUCGCCGUUAAAGGACAUUGAUGAGGCUUGUGGAGAGCCUGAGACUUGGUCUCGCGUCCCCGAGGAUCGGCUGAGAGGUUAACAGCCGGAAGGUGCCCGGGCCUCGUGUUUUUGUCUCGAGCCGAGCGGUCCAAGAUGGCGGCCAAGGUGGCAGCCAAGAUGGCGGACAAGAUGGCGGCCGGGAGCAGCGAGAGAGAGGAGGGCCCCGGCGUGUCUUACGCGAGCGUGCUUAACCCCAAAAGCGGCGAGGCGGCCAGGAGUCAGUCGACCGAGUGCGAUAAAGAGAAUAUCGGACAGGUAUCCAGAGGGAAGUCCUACCAGAAGACCAGCGGAAGGCGCUUCGACGCUCCGUACUAUCAGAGGAGCAACGUGGAGCGGCACUUCCGAGGUAACCUCUCCGCCUCGUCCAGGUACAACGAGGGCACCGACGUCGAGACGAUAGACGCCAACGCGAAGGAUAAUCUUCAGGACGCGGAGGAGACCGUCAACGUGGAUCGGAGCAGCGAUGGAGAGUUUCAAACCGUGGCUCCGAAAAGCGCCAGGAGGAAGGAGAAGCACAGGGACUUCCGAGAUCACAGAGACCGCCAUCGACACAGAGAGCGGCAACUGCCGAGAGGACCUAGCGGGGGGAGCAACGAACGAACUCACAGGGAUAGGGAUCGGGAUCGGGAUCGGAAUGCCUCGGAACACAGACCCGUCAGGGAUGGAGUCAGAGACAAGGAGGAGCAGAGUCCAGGACUGGACUCGGAGUUCGAACCGCAACCCGUGAAGUACGUCGAGGCACCCAUACCGGCAGUUAACCCUUGGACCAAGGCCAAGAUUCCACCUCCUCCGGUGCAGGCUCCCCCAGUUGCGCCGGUGGCACCUGCACCUCCUCCGGAGCCUGUUAACGAGGUACAGGCCGAACGGGAGAAGAGGGUCUUGCAGCCACAGCAACAGUGGGGACGAGUCGAAAACGGGGCGUCGACUGGCGUCCUGCCAACCAUCGUCAAGGCGCCGAAGGACAGGAGAAAAUUCAAUCAGAAGGCGAGCGACUUCACGGACAUCGGCGAUUGGCCCACUCUCGGAGCCCAAGGCGAGAAGAGGACUCCCGUGGCCACGCAUAAGCAGAACGGCGUGGUGGAGGAAAGUCACUCGAAGGAGAGCCCUCCUGUCAGUGCCGAGAACAAGGGAAAGGAGAACAAGGAGCAGAACCACUGCCAAGACGACAGCGACGAGCACACGGACGGCAGCGAUAAGAAGAAGAGAGCUAACAAGCAGAAGUGGGUGCCGCUGGAAAUAGACCUGGCCAAGAACAGAGGGAAGAGGGAACGAUCGCCCAAGUACCACAACCAGGUUGACAAGAACGGGGAAGACGAAAAUGCGAGGGAGAGAGAUCACGAGAGAGCGAGAUACGGCUACAGAGGUGGAAGAGGUGGAAGAAGUUACAGGGGAAGAGGAAGAGGAAUUCGUGGCCUUUCUCGAGGAGGCUUCAGGCCCAGGCACGACGCGGAUUAUCAUGACUACCACGUGGCCUAUGCUCAGAUGAACAAGUACGGGACCGCCGAUCCCUCCUACAUGUUGCCGUACAUGGGGACGUUUUACUUCAACAACACGAAUUACGUCAACCUGGACAAGACGACGGUCAAGGAGUACAUCAGGAAACAGAUAGAGUACUACUUCAGCGAGGAGAACCUCCUCAGGGACUUCUUCCUCCGACGCAAGAUGGACGCCCAGGGUUUCCUGCCGAUCACGUUGAUCGCCUCCUUCCACCGCGUUCAGGCUUUGACGACGGACGUGUCUCUGGUCAUCGAGGCCAUCCUGGAGUCCAACAAGCUGGAGAUGGUCGACGGAUUUCAGGUCAGGACGAAAGUCGAUCCCCUGAAAUGGCCGAUUCUGGACGCGGCUGGAAACCCAGUCUUCUCCAGCUUUUCCGAAAUCUCCCAUUCCGGCCAAAACGAGGUAAUAAUCCCUCCCGCACCCCAGCCCGAGUUCAGUCCUGCCGCGCGACCCCUACCGACAGUUCCUGCCCCCCCUGUGCCCCGAGUCCUUCGUACAGGAGGUGUUACCUCAUCCACGGGACGACUCAGCGAGUGCGAGAGCGUCUCCUCGUCAAUAGGUGAGAGCCUAAACCCCGAUGUGCCAGAGUUUGUGCCGGUCGUGUCGGCGGCAAGGCCAGCCGAUGAUGAGUCCGCUAUUAAUGACAAAGAGAAUAAUGAUCGACCAAAGGAUGAAGACGAGUCGGGAAUGCCAAAGACUUUGGGGCCCCCCGCGAGCGAAGAUACCCCGGCCCCGGUCGAGAACGUCGUUCCUCGAACGACCGUCCGGACACCGGAGGUCCAGGUCAACGGAAAGACGCAGACCUCGCCCGAGGACGACUGGAGAGAGGUGAAGAGGAGGUCGAAACCGCCGAAGGAACGCCACGAGGAGAAGGAGAAGACCGGCAUCGUCAAGAGGGAGGAAAGGGAGGAGCUCGAUUUCCAGUUCGACGAGGAACUCGACGCUCCCCUGCCGACCGGUCGCCAUAACGCGUUCUCCGAGUGCGCCGACUAUAUGGACUGCAGGUCGGAGGACGACGACGAUUACGAGCUGUCCGAUAGAGAUAUCGAUAAGCUGCUGAUCGUCACCCAGACGAGCUCCACGGUCUCCUCGAGGGCCCCGAAACACGAGGGCCACGACCGGACCGGCGUCUGGACCACCAGGGUCAAGAUGACCCAAGACCUCGAGCAGGCUAUCAACGACGGUCUCUACUUCUACGAGGAGGACCUCUGGACCACGGACGGGCAGCGGUACGGCUCCGCGUCCUCGUACGAAAGCUACAAGACCAUAAACGUCGUCAGUCAGGAGACCUUCGAGAAGCUGGCCCCGAAGGCUCCUCCUCGCAAGGCCAACCCUGAAGUUCCUCCUCCACCUCCGUGUCUGGCGGAAGACUUCGAGGUGGCACAGUCGCUACCGGCCCAGGUACCAAUCGCCGUGGAGGGCCCCGAAAGACGAGAGCGCAGACCCGAGAGAAGUCGACGGAACGAGAGACCCAGAAGUGAUACCCGAGGAAGACGAGGAGCCGUUCCCCGUUUCUUCGCCGUCGUGAAGGAUGAACCCUCGGUGGACCCUAGGACUCCGAGGAAGCGCAAAACUCGACACAGUAAUAAUCCUCCGGUGGAGCACCACGUCGGGUGGAUCAUGGACGUCAGGGAGCACCGUCCCCGGACCUACUCCACGGGAAGCAGCGCAGGGACCAGUCCUAACGAGGGAUUCCUGGCCAGCAGCUACGGAAGCGCUCCUCAGUCCUUACCCACGUUCCAGCAUCCUAGCCAUGCUCUGCUCCAGGAAAACGGGUUCACUCAACAGGUGUACCACAAGUACCACUCUCGGUGUAUGAAAGAACGCAAGAGGCUCGGCAUCGGACAGUCCCAGGAGAUGAACACGCUCUUCCGCUUUUGGUCCUUCUUCCUCAGGGAGAACUUCAACCGCACCAUGUACGAAGAGUUCAGAAGCAUCGCCAAGACCGACGCUGCAGAGGGCUAUCGAUAUGGCUUGGAAUGCCUCUUCCGAUUCUACAGCUACGGCCUCGAGAAGAAAUUCAGGCCUCAGCUUUAUAAGGACUUCCAGGUGGAGACGAUAUGCGACUACGAGAGCGGACAAUUGUACGGCCUGGAGAAGUUCUGGGCGUUCUUGAAGUACUACAAGCACGCCGACAAACUUCACGUGGACCCGAAACUCGAAGAGUACCUCUCGAAGUUCAAGAGCAUCGAAGACUUCAGGGUCGUCGAGCCCCAGAUCAAUGAGAUGCUGCAGGGUUUCGCCGCGAACCAGAAGUUGCUGGCGGCGAAGCGGCGGAACCGCAGCGUUUCCGAGAGCGCGGGUGGCGCCGAGGCGACGACGUCGAAUCGGGUUCGCCGGCUCUCCGGGGGGUCCAGCACCGUGACUCUGCCGACCGGGUCGACGGGGACAUCGCAACCGAAGCCUCGAACCGAGUCGAUAAAUCUGUCGCAGUAUAGAAACCGAGCCGGUUCCUUUGGAUCGGGUAGAUUGUGCCACUUCAAGAGAAGAAACGAGGGGCCGUCGUCGAGCAGCCAGCGGGACCUGACGAAGCAGCAGCCGAGGAGCAGACAGAACUCUGGCUCCUACGGCAGGAGCCAAGAGGUGGUCAGGAACCCCAUCUCCAGGGAACGGGUGGUCCAGGCGAAGCCCGACUCCGGCAAACCCGAGGUACCCAAGACCGAGAGCUCCUCGACGAUCCAGAAGUGACGACUCUAACGCUUCCGGGUCUCUCCUGCUCCUGUCGCACCCAAGUCGCAAGCUAAUUCUGGACCUGGAGGAGAACGACAUCCGGAAUUGAGGACUCCUAGGAGGGCCGUCGAAGCGUAGAUCCUACCGACGAAUGCAGGCGAGGUCCUGGGAACCCCGAAGAACGUCUACGAUCUCGAUCUGGGAAUCGCGUCGAGUGGUACAUGGAACGGAGACGAGAGUAGAACUCGGGGUACAUGCUCACCAGGCCUUGCCGGUCCCCGAAGGGGUCUUCGAGUACUCCUGCGACUUCAGUCUUCGUUUUAUAAGGCGAACAUGCAGGAAAGGACGCGUCUUUCCUCGACUCCGGUCGUCGUGCCACGCGGUACAUGAUAUUAGAAGUAGAGACAAGAGAAGAGGUAGAACUUAAGAUGUAAGCUCACCGGGUCUAGGUAGACCCUGAAUUAGGGGUCUUCGGGUACUCUUCCGAUCUCAGUCUUCGAGGUGGAGGACAAGAGAUGCUGGAAAUGGCGCGUCUUUACUUGACUCCGGUCGUCGUGCUAGAGGUACAUGAUAUUAGGUAGAGACCAGAGAAAGGGUAGAACUUAACGAGCUCACCAGGUCUGGGUAAACUCCGAAUUAGGGGUCUUCGGGUACCCUUGCGAUUUCAAACUUCGCGUUAUCAGACAACAAGCAGGAAAAGACGCGCCUUUACUCGAUGGAGGUCCUCGACGGAGGUUGGCUAUCUUUGUAUCCUGAACCUCCUUCGGUCGAGCGGAUCAUGCCGAAGUGAUCUCUUGCGGAGCGCCGGAGUGGAUCUCCAUGGAUAUGUUAAAGAUAUUCGAUUAUAUUCUACGGUUGUCCGGACGUCGCGAUGUGUACAUUUCACGGUUUUAAUAUACUAGAAGCCCAGGAGAGGUGAUCGAGCCUGAUCGAGUCCGGCUCGUUUUCGGGGAUCGUCCGGGAAAUGUUACGCGGGGUACUGGGCCCGUUUAUUUUUUUAGUCUUCCUACGAAUAUCGCUUGUUGGCUUGUCCUCUGGUUAUCUCUAGUGAUAACGCGUCGUCGCUGUUACUCGCACCUGCGGAUCACGGUAGGAAGGCUUCCUUCGGCCGGUUUGUUAGGGUCAGCCGGGUGUCGCAGGUUUCCUCGGGGACGAUCACGAGGAAUUACGGUGGGGGGGGCGCUAACUCCAUCGCCGUAAUUAUUAUAUAUAGAGAAAAUACAAAAAAUAAUUGUUGGGCCGCGAUCGGCUCGACUCAACGAGGGAGGUCUGUGCCGACUAAAGGCCGGGAUCAUCGGAUACCGAUUCUCAGUCAUUGACCGGUGCACGUUUAUACAUAGACGGUAAUUUUAGAACCUUUGCGUACUCGCUUCCGACACGGAGCCACGGGAUAAGUUCGAUAUAACACACGCUCUUUCGCGCUCCGUUGUACAAAGUUAAGGGUUUAAUGAGAUAUAUCCAGUAACGAGAGAGAGAGAGAGUGGAAUUACUGGCGGCGAUGGUCCUACUCGAUAUUUCUAAGUGCUUAGAGAAAUGGGAUAGAACUAAUUGUCUGGUUUAAUAGUCUUGGUUGUUUAUUUUAUUUUUCUUUUCGGCGAUCUUCUCCCCCGUUUUUCUUUUUUUUUUCCUUUUUUUUCUUUUUUUUUUCCCCUCUCGUUUUCAAGUAAUUGUAAUAUAGUAAUUACCGGUGAGAGAAGAGUCGAGUGGGAAGUUGGGUGACCGUUUUUGUUUUUCACACGUACGUCUUGUUUGAGCCGAGGAACGGUGGAGAGACGAUUGUAUUCGCGCCUUCUGAAGCAGAGUCUCGCGCCAAGUACAUACUUGUACUCGCAGGUACGCAGGGUAAUGUCGGAUGUCGGGCACUUUAUACGCGAUUGUGACCGUUUGGGAUAAUUGUGCCCAUAUUUUGUCACCCUGGAUGUACCGAGAGGCAACUUAUCUCGUUUCAAUUCUAUCCUGACCUCCGAGGAACACGAACUAAUGAACUUUUUCCGAGUUUUACCCGAAUUGACGAGGACCGCACGACUCGGCUCCUUUGUCGCGGGCGUUUUUGUUAAAGUGCAGGUUUAACGCGAUUAUGUAAAUGUGAUCUUUCCGGUGGGGUUGUACAGAAAUUAAACCAGCGAAUUGUCUCGACUUUUGGUACCAUCGAAAUUAAGGGAUCAAUGGUAGGCAUUAUUUUUUUAAUUGUCUGGUCGCUGGAUAUACGGAGUUAAUCAAAUCUUGAGAUGCGCUGCGCUUCUCCAAUGGUCCUAUAUAAAUUCAAAGUAAUUACUGAGGGACUUUCAUUUUUUUUUAUACUCUCAGCAAGGGCGACGUACCGGUAGAAUUAAUUUUCCCGUUCAAUCAUAAUUCAACCCGAGAGUAUAAAUUAAUCACGUUAAACCUAUGUACCCUUUCAAGUCGGGUCGUGCACUAAAGAUGCAGAAAAAAAAAGCAAGCCAGUAAAUUGUACAGAUUAACUUCCUACAUAACGCUCGCUAUUAUACAUAAAAAUAUGAAGUACCAUUUGGAAUUCCUUCCGGAAGGAAAAUUCCCGAUAAUUGCAAUAGCCUCGUUACAUACGACGCAAGUAAACGAAAACAUUUCGGAGUACCUCGACACUCUUAAAAUUCUCGAUUUGUGCGUCCCUUGUCGAGCUUAAAAUUACCAACUGCGGCUUUUUAUGUUUAUAGAGUAUUGUUAAAAAAAAAAAAAAAAAAGAGAACGCAAUUCGCUGUGUAUGCGUUUUUAGUGACGCUACCUGACACGAUCCGUCGAGAUUCGGACACCCCCCCGUUAAUUUUAACGCACUAGUCACGCACGAGUCAUCCGUCCUCGUCCGUAGAUAAGCGAGAGGACGAGAAGCUAAACCUCGAAAGCUCCACGUUAAAUGGGAAAAGAAGGAAAGAUAUGCGAAAGAAAGGAAAGGACCCUCCGAUAUUAUCUUCGAUCCCCUCGUUCGUCGGCACUUCCGAGGCGACCCCGAGAAACGCGACUCCGCGGUUUUCUUCUCCGUUAUGGGCUCGCUUUCGAGGAUCUUUUAUAUUUUAUUAUUAAUAUUGAUAAUCUAAGGAGGCACCGGGAGGAGGGGGAGGGUCGCUAUGCCAAGUUACUUGACCACGGGAGUGGGUAUUUAAAUCUGUCCGACAGGGCCACCGUAGGUGACGUUCGCGAACCGUCGCUCUAUCGAUAGGGAUAAGUCUCGUCUACGCAUAAUGCGAAUACACAGUUGUCGUUAGGUAAUUUUGUACAUUUUUUAAGACCGUGUAUAACCUAGGGACGGAGGCGACCAGACACUCUGGCCAUCCCGUCGACGUCAUUUCGACUCGCCUGGCGACGUUUAACGCUUCUUUUUUUCCUCAUCCCGGUUUAUAUAUAUCUAUAUAUAUAUAUCUAUACAUAUAUUAUGUAAUUACUCUCCCGUGGGGGAGAGGCCUUGCACAAAUUUCACCGAGGUAGGGAAUCGGGAUUCCUGAGGGGAGAGCCGACGGAGACGACGUGCGAUUUCCGCAGAUAUCCGCCCCGAUUCCGCAGAUUCCGAUUGUAUUCCGCAGCUCGUCCUCCCUUGGCAUAUAACUUUGUCCGAUACACUGCCACUAUGGUACUGCUAGUACUGCUACUAUUACUCUUAUUACCGCUACCGAUAUAGUACGCUAUCGCAACUCGCUAUCGUUACGAGUAAUGAUUAAUUAUUAUUAACACGGCGCAAUCUAACGAGGGUGGUGGAGCUCCUCGCCAGGGUAUUUUUACCUCGCAAUCCUCCGGUCGAGAAGUCAUGUGGAAUUAAUUUCUAUGUUUCUGUCUACCUUGGAUGAUCGAUUGAAAAAUGUACUAUCGCUGUAAUUUCUUUUUAAUUAAUUAUUACAGAGGUACGCAUCGUGGAGGAAACAUUGCGCAGGAUUUUUCGAAAAGCUCGUUCUCGCUAGAACUCGUGGGGAAUUAAUUUAUACGGGAAUUAUUUGUGACAAUUAAUUGACAAUUGACGGACUUUUCGAUCCUACUUUUUGCGAGGAUAAUUGUACAAAUAUCGUGGAGGGGUGUUUUACCACGGAAUACAGGCAUUGUUAGGGAGGUGCGAAAGAGAGAAGGCGCGAUAGGAGCCCGAAAGUGUCUUUGAUAAGGAGAUAGGACGAGCCGGGGCGAAUGUCAGCACGAACGGGGAAGAUUAGAGAGAAGACCUGUAACGUCGGAAGGGGGACCCACGUGGUCAGAGGAGAAAAAAAUCAGUCCUGUACAUAAGAGAGAAAGAGAGAUAAGGAGGAAAAUGGAAACCCACACGCCCGGACAUCGCGAGUAUAUUUAAGCAAGGAGAGGUCGCCGACCUUGGAGCGGCUUAGGUUUAUCUAGUUUUUUUUUUUUUUUUUUUAAGCGAGUGACUACCUUCCUAAGUAUCAUGUUGAUUAGCCGACUAGCAAGGAGCACCGUGAAUCGUAAUCGUGCGGUAUGAUUUAUAUUAUCUGAUUAGAGGUAGUUUACGCCGACCCCCCUGGCCGGCUUAAGAAUAGGAGGUAGAUGAUAAGAAGAUUGCUGCGGACUUCCCUCACGGCGCGCCUCUUCGUCCUCUUCGUUUCUCCAAAUUCUACUUCAACUUCCUCACUUUCCGAACAAACUCGGCCUCGCCUCUGGGAAGCUCCAACGUGAAACGGAAACUCCUUGAUUAUGUGUAACCGCACCUCGGGGAUGGUGAUCCUCGACGAUAAAUCCCUUAAUCGCGAUCCUUGAUGUUCCUGAAAAAUUUCAAGCCGUUUGAAGAAGAGUACUUUGCUGCCUGAUAAUUUCUUCUUAUAUAUAUAUUUUUUUUGCAAUUAAUAUCGUCUCGAGUUACCUUCCCUGAUGUGUGGUGACGAGUUGUAGAGUCCCGCCCCAAGUACAGACUCGAGUCUCUCGACCUCGGGAAACGUGGAGGUUCUGUUCCUUCGUGGUUUGUUCGUGCUCGGACGACGUGGAAAGCUUUCCCUAUGGGGAGAGCUUUCCAGGAGGCGCGCCAUGGGGUCGAAGCGAUUGCGUGUAAAAAUAUAAAUAUACACAGAACACACACUUA